UAAUAUCAACCAAUAAAAGUAUCAUUAAUUAAUAAAAUACCACUAAGUAUUCUAAAUAUUUGUUUACUUUGAACUUUCAAUACAUUGGAUUAGUUAUUGCAAAUUGCGGCCGUAACAAUAAACAACAGAUUCUAUGGUUCCCUCAAACAAGUUCUAGAAACAGGAAAUAUAAUAUAAUUACGCUCGUCAAAACAAACAUUUUUAUCCAGCAAUGUUUCUCAACAAAUUGUUGUUACAAUCUUGGAGGAAGAAAGGCAGAAGGAGAAAUAACUAUUUUAUGUAUGCUUCAAAUGUAUUGAAUUUUCUGUUGCUUUUAAUUUCAAAAGAAUCAGUGCGCGAAGUGCUCGACCAAUUGUUUUCAGCGAAAAAUUAAUCAAGUUCUAAAAUCUCCUUUAAUUGGAAUUUCUUUAUUCUGUGAAAGUCUGGCUCUGAAACAUCGCUGUGUAGUAAAAUUUGGACGGACAAAAUACUGAAUAUAUGUUGGUAAGCAUUGCAUGCAAAAGGUUUAACAAAGAGUUUCAAAAUAUUUAUAAAGCUGGAAUAAUAAGCUUUUUAGAAAAGCUAGAGUAUAGUUAACUGAUCAUAUAAAAAAGUACCGAUAAAAAUGAGCCGGACAAAAGUUGACAAAACAUGUGGAAUAUUAAUCCUUAUUUUUACUGAUAAAAUAAGAUCCGAUUCUAGAAAUUAUUUAGUUUGUUAACAACGGUAUAUAGCACAUGAUGUCGUUGCUAAUUAUGUAUUUGUUAUAAUAUAAUUACAUCACUAUGAAGUUGCAAAUUCGGUAUGUACUUCAGAAAUUAAUCAGAUCAAAAAUACUGUAAUCGGUGCACAAAGCCAAUCAUAUCCGGUUAUUUCAAUUUACGAAUAAUUUAUUCACAAAACUGCAAAAGUUUAAGUUUAAGCGCAGUAUUUUAAUAAAAUCAAAAAGUUGUUUACUGCCUAAAUCAUUUAUUAAAUGUCUACUAUAUAAUGAGAACGUAUACUACAAUCAAUUACUUGCAAAGUUAUUUUAUGGAAUAAAAACCACGAGGGUGCCGAUAAGCCGUGUUUUCACUCGUUCACAUUGCAUCAGUAUUGUCCCGUGACAUUCAUCGAACAAAGUGUGUGCGUAACGUUACAUCGCGACAGAAAGAUCCGCUUUGCUCUACUACUUGAAAAACACCUACAAGAUCGUUCUCUACCGAUAUUAGUUUUUACACAAACAAAGAGAGAAUAUUUCUGAUUCUACCGUUAACGCAACGAUCAAAACAUCUUGUAACACACAGUCAAAGUGUGUUAUGACCUAAUUAAAGAACACAAUAAGAAAGAGUUUCUUGUGAAAGCUCUAAGCAACUAAGUAGUCAUGUGAUUACAUUUGCGUCGUUUAGAGAGAGAAAAAACACUUACGUAAACACGAAAAGAAAUAUGAUUGGUUAAUAUAAUUACAAUACUCUUUGUAUUACACCAUGACUAUAUAAAUAAUUUGUUUUAUUUUGAACAAAAGAAUAAGUAUAUAUGUAAUCAAUGUUGCAUGACGAUUACCAAUAAGACAACAUAAUAUAUUUUAGGGUUGGUUUGUCAUAAACUUUUAGAUUUCAGCGAAGAAAGUUCAACAGCUUUUAACGUCAGCACAAUUUUUAAAAAAGAUAAAUAUAUAUUUAGAUACAAAUAUUUAUAUAUGAAAUCUGUUUCACGGUUGAACAACAUUAAACGUUGAAAGAAUCUCAGAACGGAAAAUAUAAUUACAUAUAUAUUUACAAAAAAUCACGUUACACGGAAACAACGAACAAACGCACUAAUAAACAUUAUAUGUAGAAACAGAAGAAACGUUCUGUUAAGAGCAUUUUUGAAGAAAGAACGUCAACGCGGAUAUUAUAGUCAUGGCAACGGCAGUACCUCCAACAGGAUCUUCUCACCAUGCAUUGAUUGCAAACAAUGAAUAUCAAAUUAAAUUGGUCACGCUUCUCAAUGAAUGUUGUGACCACUUACGUGAAAUUUUACAUGAUCCUGCCCGUGGCAACAUGCCAAGGGAUAAGAAACAAUUAUAUCUGUCAUUAAAACAAUAUAAGAAACAUUUAAACCAUUUGAAAAGAGAUCAGCUGGAAAUCGUUUUUCCACAAGAUAAGGAAACAGAUUCGGGAUUGUUUGACAUCACUAUUUUAUGUGACGUUCUAAUUAAUUGUUGUCACGGUAUACAAGCACCAAUUGGUGGAUGGAGGACCAGAACACCGCAACCAAAUGAUUUCAGUGUCGGUGCUGACAUCAUUCGAAUCAGAAAUGAGCGAAAUAUUGUUAUGCAUGGAAGAGCAAUGACUUCAGCACAAUAUAAUCGGUUGUGGAACGCCAUAGAAGGUAUAUUAAGAAGACUCGGAUAUGACAUAACGAAAAUUAGAGAUUUGAAGUCUGGUUGUUUAAAAGACUUGGACUUAUUUAAGAUUGAAAUUAUGAAAGCAGUUACUGAAAUUUUAAAUUUCAAUGUUAACAAAAACCAAGACAAUAUAAAACAAAAUCAAGAUGACAUCAAAGCAAAUAAAGACAGUAUUCAUCAAAACGAAGAUGGUAUUAAACAAAAUCAAGAUGACAUCGAAGCAAAUAAAGACAGUAUUCAGCGAAACGAAGAUGGUAUUAAACAAAAUCAAGAUGACAUCAAAGCAAAUAAAGACAAUAUUCAGCAAAACGAAGAUGGUAUUAAACAAAAUCAAGAUGACAUCAAAGCAAAUAAAGACAGUAUUCAUCAAAACGAAGAUGGUAUUAAACAAAAUCAAGAUGACAUCAAAGCAAAUAAAGACAGUAUUCAGCAAAACGAAGAUGGUAUUACACAAAAUCAAGAUGACAUCAAAGCAAAUAAAGACAAUAUUCAGCAAAACAAAGAUGGUAUUAAAGAGAAUAAAGAGAAUUAUAAGCGAUUAGCAGCCGAAGUGGAAAUAGUAAAGCAAACUAAUUCUUCAUCAUCAUGUGAUCAGAAGAGUUCUCAGUUGGAAGAAACUAUAAAAGAACAACCCAGUUAUAUACUAUUAAAAAAUUUCCGAGGAGAUUUUCUAAUACAAUUUGAGGAUGGCUGCUCCCACUGGUCUAUGAAAAGUGUACAAGUCAUCAUUACUGAAAAUUUUGCGAUACAAUCAAAAGAACUUCAUGUCGACAACGAUUACAUUGUGGAAGAAGAAGAAGGGAAACUAAUCCUGAUUAUUUACAAUCACAUUGCCGAAUCUAUUAAUGGGUUAUCAGUUACGUUAGUUGACAGUGAAAGUAAAACUCAUUUGAUUCCAAUUAAAAAUAUUGCACUGGUCCGAGCACAUAUGUGUACAACCAGCUAUUUUGAUGUUAGAACCCACAACAGUGGAAGAAUAUCUGAACAUAUAAAAUGCAUUGUAAAAGCAGAAAUAGAAGAAGAAGAUAUUGAAUUUAUAUGUGGAGGUAGUCUACAAACAAUGGAGCCUAAGGAGUACGAAGCACUUGGAAAGGAAUACAUCCAACGUUAUUUCACCGUGAAUGAAGAAUGCAUGGAAGAACCACUCCAAAUUCCACCCCCAAUGCCAAAAGUCACACAUUCCUUAUUUGCACAAAAGAUAAAGUAUGUUAUAAUCGAAUUACAACCUCGUUUGUUUACAAUAUUUACUCAUUAUAACACAAAGGAACAUAUUCGAUUUCUAAAACUGGAUAAAGAAUUUUCUUUGAGUUUGGAAAGCACAAUUACUGAUAACAAAAGAAUUCUACUUGUGUUGCCAAAUUAUAUCGUCAACAUUAGAUACACAGAAACAACCGACGCAGUAAGAAUACAAGAUGAAGUCAAAGCGGGCGAAGAAGACUUGAAGGAGCUAUCUAUCAUCACUAAAAAAUAUCUUAAAAAUGGUCACCUGACAAUGGUUAAUGUUGUAGCUGCACCACAUUUCAAAGAUAUCGAAAAUAUCCACCUUUGUGUAGACUGCAACUUACUCUCCAAAAAAACUUUGGCUGAGGAUAGAAGUAUGACGAAGUUCUUUUCAAAUAUUUUGCAAAGCUCACAAGUACAAAAUAAUGUUCAGGACAACAAGGAACGGUAUAUCAACAUGGUUGGUAAAGUCAUGUGUUUUAUGGCUACAAGAAAAGCACUCUAUUCUGUUCCUUCACUCAGUAAAAACGUCCACGAACAAAUAAGCUCGUUAAUACUUUCUCCACAGCAACUCCGUCAUUUAUACAACAACUCUUUAAAAAAAAUUAUAAUCGGUCCUCUAGGCAGUGGUAAGACAGUGCUAGCUUUAGCACAUUUGGAAAUAGCUUACGAGCGCUCUGAGAAUAGAUCAGUCAUAUACUACGUUAUUUGGGACGGCAACACAUUGCUUAAACGGGAUAUUGUCAAUCAUACUAAAAGAUUUAAUUUCAAAGCCGCUGUCGAAGUUGUUGUAAAGGAUAAUGUCGAGUUAGCUAAGGAUUUGAAAAUGAAUGAAGUGCCAACACCAUACCAGUUAUUAGAGUCAUUGGUUAAGAAACAUGUUGACCAAAACCUGCAUCUAAUAAUUGAUGAAUUAAAUGGAGAGUUAUUUAACAAGGAAGAAUCAUCUUUGCUUAAACACUAUCUGGAAACUGAAGACAAAUUAAAUAACUCUUUCAUCAUCUUUUUCCCACAAUCCAUUGAGAAACAUAGAACAUUAAUUUCACACCAAAGAGUCACAAUACAUGACAAGUACAAGUAUGAAGAAACAGGAAUGAAAGUUUUAAAACUGAACAGAGCAAUGAGAACAACACGGAUAAUCUUUCAGUUUUUAAAGGCUUUUGAAAAUGAAGUAGAACAAAACAAGGUAACAAUGAAGCUUCCCGAUCAGCAAUCAAAAGAAGGAUUGUCCACCAAACAACCACAACAGCAGCAAGAGCCACAACGGCGACAACAACAACAACAGCAGCAGCGACAGCAGCAACCACCACCACCACCGCAACAACAAGGACAAACUACCAGUAGCAAUGUCACGCCGAUAAUAAAAGGAGAAGAAGAAAGUUUUGAAACACCGGUUGAUAUUGAUGUCGUUGCAGCUUCAAUACAAGAUGGGGAUCUUUCGGGUAAUGUUAGAAUUGACACUUCAUUAAAAUUUAAUACAGCGUAUUCAAUCGGUCAUAAUAUCGAAGGAACAAAACCGUUAUUGAUACAUCCGGCAAAUACUCCAACAACAGACAAAGAGUUUAUACCGAUGUUAGCGCUUGUUUUACAAGAUGUAUGUUUACAUCAUGCCACUAAACGUUUGUUCAUAUAUAACACAUUCCCUCAAAAGGAUAUUUUUUACAGAUUACUAAAACUGUUAAAAAUUGAUUUUCUUCACUAUGACAAGUACACUGACUGGAAAGUUUUAAAUUGUGAUGAUAUCAUAGUUAAAAAUCCCUUGCAGAGCCAAAAUUAUAACCUGCUCACUACUAUUGAGGGAAGUCGUGGAGUUGAAGCAGCCGAAUGCAUCUGUAUAAUUGAAAGCAAUGAUUGCAAGUUAAAACAUUUGACAUUAGAAGCAAUGUCCAGAGCGACACAAAAUCUAGUCCUUGUUUCAACGUCCAACGUUUACCAAUCAGGUACAGUAAAAUCAUCAACUGGUCAUAUCAUCAGUAAACUGUUAACUGAACAUCUGGUUGAAUACAAUCUAGAAGUCUCAAACGAUGAAGAUACGGAAAUACCGUUCAAAAAGUCUAUGAAAAGUAACAAUAAAAUAGUUUUUAACAUUAAACCACAAUAUUGGAAAUUCAAAGAAAUGAUAAAAGAUUUGGAACAUGUUGGUUUUCAGGCAACGGAUGAACGCCUAAAUGCGCAUGAGAUCGUUAUGAAAAACCUUUAUCCUCCUGGAAAAGUGAGCAAUAUAAUUUGCUCAUAUUUGUCAAGUACAUCAUGUAUAUUGAGAUGGCAACAGCACGCUAAUAAAUACACCGUUAGUAGACAAGAAAGUAAAAGUUUAACCUGGAAUAACUUAGCAACUAACAUUUCUUGCAAUCAAUACAUCGUUGAUGACAUGGAAAUUGGUGAAUCGUGCAAGUUUUGUGUUGUUGCUAAAAAUCAUCUUGGUGUAUCUGAUGACAGCACUGUGUCUUAUCGUCACGAACUUCCAAACGUCAUGGGUGUCCAAUUUAAAGAUAUCGAGGAAAUUAUUGAAUCUAACGAUAUCGAGAAACUGAAAAAAUUACUAUCCAUUCAUCCAAACAUUGUUCACAUGAGAGAUGAAGAUGAAAACACACCAUUGUUGUGGACAGUAUGUUACACCGACAAUACAUCAAUGGUGGAAAUACUCAUCUCAUAUGGGAGUGAUGUUUGGGCGGAAAAUAGAUGGAAAUAUAACAGUUAUCAUUUGGCUGCAUUUCAAGAUCGUCACACAAUAUUAGAUAUGUUAUGUCGACAUGAUGUAACAAACAUCAACCGUGGAGAUGUUAAGAACAUCACACCAUUACAUUAUGCUGUAAUGUAUGGUUACAUCUCAUGUGUUGAUGUUUUGUUGCGUUAUGAAAAUAUUGAUGUGACAAUCAAAGAUAAAUUUGGAAAAACAGCUUAUGAUUGGGCUGGAUGGAGGAAUAAACAAGACCGGGAAAUAAUAAGACGAAAAAUAAAAGAAUACGAAGACAGGACGAAGUAAAUAUUUCAAAUGAUUUUGUUUUGAAAAACAACAAUCAGUUUGUGAGAUGAGGAACGAGUCCAUUUUUUAGUUUUAUUUUAUAUUGUAAUAAAUUUAUUUGUAGUAAAACGUACUGAAACAUUUUUCUGUUCGAUUUUUAUCAAGCCUUCGUUUAUAUUUCAUUCAGGAAGCGACACAUGUCAAAGGUCACGUGUUUUUUUAAACUGUCUCAAACUUGCCGCAUGGUGCAAUGUAGAGUGAAUCUUAUUUAUUACAAACGUCAACUGAUAUACUUUCUCAACCUCGUCCCCAAGUCUUGUUAGGCCUUUAUAUUUUGUAGGCCCUGGCUGGUCACGUGACGACAGAAUACCCACGUAUAGUGGGUAUUUUGAAAAUAAUUAUUUGUCUCGCUCUUCCAAAAUAUACACAAGCAGUCGAGAAAAAAAUAAAAGAACUGACACAAUUAUUUAGAAUGGUUAAAAUAAUAUUAAUAAGAAAAAAAUUAUAUAUAUUUUUAUAUAAAUAUUUUUAUAUAAAUAUUUUUAUAUAAAUAUUUUUAUAUUGUAAAAAUUAUUUUUAUUUAUUUAUAAUAAUAUUUUUUAAUGUAUAAAAGAACUGUUAAUAAAUAUUGUAUAAUAUAUUAAACAUUCACACUUG